AUAUAAGCUAUCUAAAACAUCACCCUGCUCCUCCCUGAUAAAAAUUUGAACGCUCUGACGAAGAAAAUGAAGCAAAAGGUAGUGAUCCGGGUGAACUUGAAUAAUGGCAAAAAGAAUGCUCGGACCAAGGCCUUGCAGAUUGCAGUUGGUGUACAAGGUGUUGAAUCAGUAUCUUUACAAGGUGAGGAUAGCAGUCAAAUUGUUGUUGUUGGGAAUGACAUUGAUUCAGUCCACUUGACAUCUUUGCUGAGGAAGAAAGUUGGAUCUGCUGAAUUAAUGAGUCUAUCACCAAUCAGUUAUGAGGGGAACAAACACAACGGAAUACAAUCAAUGGUUUGGCAAUCUUAUCAAGCUAGUGUGCCAUAUUAUUACACGUAUGACGUCCCAGAUAACAACCAAGACUCUUGUACUAUUAUGUGACCACGUGUUUGAAUUUUGUCAAUGGCUACAGCAUAGGUAGAGUUUCUUAGAUGCUGUAUCUUAGAUUCUACAAACGAUUCAUGCCGUUGAAUUUAAUUCAAAAAUCACAAGUAGAGCACCACGUGUAAGAAGUGUGAAAUGACUUUCUAUAGUCUAUCUCUUUAAUAGAAGAGAAAAAUUUUGUAAAAGAAAGUGUAAUUGACUAAGAAAUUAUAUUCAUGUAAUCUACUAAGAAAUAAGGAUCUAGUUCAAGGCAUAUGGUUUAUUGUUAAAAUAUAUUUCUUCAACAUUAUUUGCGAAAGUUCUCUAAACUGAGCAAUGGCUAGAAAAUGGAAUUCUAAACCUCCUAGUAGACCUCAAAAACAUCUAAUAAAGUGGGGAGAAGGAGAUCUGAAUAUCAUCAAAUCCCACUAUUUUGUAAGUUUGUUCCCCCGUAGGAGCAGUAGACAAUAACUGCUAAGACAGUGAAUUCAAGAUGGAAAAACCUCACCCUUGCCUUAGGGUAUAUAGCUAUUUAUUUUCAUUAUGUAAUAAUAACACUACAUUGUUU